AUGGCCGGUGAAUCAGAUGCGUCGAACAUCGCUACGCUAUUGUGUGCUCGCUGCGAGAAGCCAGCGCAUCUUCAGUGUCCGAAAUGCAUGGAUUUGAAGCUUCCUCGUGAAGCAGCUUCUUUCUGCACUCAAGAGUGUUUCAAAGCAGCUUGGAGCUCACACAAAUCAGUACAUGUGAAAUCACUUGCCGUUCCCGGUGAUGAGAAUUCUGAUCUGAUUUCUCAAGGUUGGCUGUAUUGCGUGAAGAAAGGGCAGGCUAGAACAGCUAAGCUUCCACACUUUGAUUGGACAGGGCCCCUAAAGCAAUAUCCCAUAUCUACCAAGCGUUUUGUGCCUGCUGAGAUUGAAAAACCUGACUGGGCAAUUGAUGGGACUCCUAAAAUUGAACCAAAUAGUGAUCUUCAACAUGUUUUUGAGAUAAAAACGCCUGAACAAAUUCAGAGAAUGCGUGAAACCUGCAGAAUUGCCAGGGAGGUAUUGGAUGCAGCAGCUAGGGUGAUUCGCCCUGGUGUUACAACUGAUGAGAUUGAUCGAGUUGUUCAUGAAGCAACUAUUGCAAGAGGAGGAUAUCCAUCACCACUCAACUACUACUUCUUUCCCAAAUCUUGUUGCACAUCUGUUAAUGAAGUCAUUUGUCAUGGGAUUCCGGAUGCAAGAAAACUAGAAGAUGGCGAUAUAGUAAAUGUUGAUGUAACAGUUUGUUAUAAAGGUUGCCACGGUGACCUGAAUGAGACAUACUUUGUUGGAAAUGUUGACGAAGCAUCACUUCAACUUGUCAAAUGCACAUACGAGUGCCUGGAAAAGGCCAUAGCAAUUGUUAAACCUGGAGUUAGAUUUCGUGAAAUCGGAGAGAUAGUCAACCGCCAUGCUACAAUGUCUGGGUUAUCAGUGGUGAGAUCCUAUUGUGGUCAUGGUAUUGGGGAUCUCUUCCAUUGCGCCCCAAACAUUCCACACUAUGCAAGAAACAAAGCAGUUGGAGUGAUGAAAGCAGGUCAGACUUUCACAAUCGAGCCAAUGAUCAACGCAGGGUCGUGGAGGGAUCGCACAUGGCCUGAUGGAUGGGCUGCAGUUACUGCAGAUGGGAAACGCAGUGCUCAGUUUGAGCAUACUCUCUUGGUCACGGAGACAGGUGUUGAGGUUUUGACAGCUAGGCUUCCUUCGUCACCUCCCGUAUUUCCUUGGAUGCUUAAGUGA